AUGCGAAGUUUGGAAACUCCAACAUCAGUUCAUGCUCUACGACCAGGUGAUAUUCAAUGUGUUGCAGCCAUGGGUGACAGCUUGACAGCCGCUAUGGGUGCUCAUGCUAUUACUCCAAUCGGUGUUCUGUUAGAGAAUCGAGGAGUCUCCUGGUCUAUCGGUGGUGAUCAUAACUAUGACAAAGUACUGACAUUACCCAAUAUUCUUCGUCUUUAUAAUCCACAAUUGAAAGGUUUUUCAACCAAAACUUCAAUAUCAUUUCUCAAUGGUCAAAACGCAAAACACAAUGGACUAAAUGUCGCGAAAUCGGGUGCUCGUUCAUAUCAUAUGGUCGAUCAAGCUAACCUUCUUUUAAAACGCUUAAAGGAGGAGAAAAUCUGCGAUUGGAAUAACGAUUGGAAGCUAAUUACCUUCUUUAUUGGAGGAAAUGAUUUAUGUGAUUUCUGUAAAGAUUUAACCAAACAUGAUCCAGCAAAUUUUGUCGGAUGGGUUCGCGCUACACUCGAUGUAUUGUACAAAGCUAAUCUACCUCGUACAUUGAUAAAUCUUGUACCCGUACUCGAUAUUCGUCCUGUAAAAGAACUUAAAAAUGGCAAUAUUGUUUGUGGACUUCUUCACAAAUCUUUAUGUCCAUGUGCAGCAUAUCCUACGAAAGAAGACGAGACAAUAAUAAAUGAUUGGAUUCCUAAAUAUCAACAAGGUCUUGUUGAUCUAGUUAAUUCAGGCCAAUAUGAUGGUCGUGAUGAUUUCACCGUUGUUGUUCAACCAUUCUUCACUCAGACUACACCACCUCGAAAAAAUGAUAAAAUCGAUUUUAGUUAUUUUGCUCCUGAUUGUUUCCAUUUAAGCGGCUUUCUUCCAAAAUUUGGUCCAUGUUGGAUUAAUUUAUAUGGUGCACCACGUGAAUAUUCAGAAAUUCCAACAGCAUUAGAUGAAUUGAAUACUGGAAAAGAUGAAGGUGUUGCAUAUCGUGGACGAAGAUUUGUUGAAUUACAAACAAUUCUUGGUGAAACUCUAACAGAACCUGUUGGUAAUAUAUCAAAUUCUGAUUUAAUUCGUGCAUUACCAUAUCAAUCACGAAAAAAAUAUAAAUUACAUGCUGCAUUUCUUGAUGCUUUAAUAAAUUUGAUGAUCUUGUUGGAAAUGCAAGUAGUUCAACAACACCACCAACAAAUCCUGUUUUUUGAUGGAACAUCUUAUUAUUUUUUACCAUGGGGACAUACGAAACCAUGUGUACAAGUUGCAAGUGAAUGGGAAGAUGUAACAUAUCGUUUAGAAGCUAUGAAUCAAUUAUCAAAACUUAAAUUAUUUGUUAUGGGUCUUAUGUCAACACUGGAGUCAUUAAAAGUUAAACAAACAUCGGAUGAAAUUCUUAUUAGACAUUAUAAACAAUCACUUGAUAUGGUUAUUGGACAUUUAAAAAAACCAUUACCUGAACUAGAAAUCAGGUCGUCAUCAUGUUAA